AUGUCGUCGAAGACUGCCAGCCCAACGAAAGAGAAAUUCACACCUUCCGCAAGACCGCUCAAAUGCAAAUUCUGUUGGCGGAGAUUUAAAUACAGAGACUGCCUGACAGACCACAUGCGCAGGGAUCAUCUACAGACGAUCAUGAACUCGAUCAUUGAGCGAAAGAAGAGCCAGCUGAGCCAGUCGGGUGGUCUCCUCGUCAUCGAGCAGCACGAGAUCGAGGCGGAGCUAGACGAACGCAAGCCUGUCCGCGUCUCUGUCAUCAAACGUCUUCCCAACUAA